UGCUUCGUAAGAAAACAGCACUGAUUUCAUAUAAGGAGGUUUUGAACGAUUUAGCCUAGAUAAAGACUGGCAGCCAUGCUGACCAGCUUUGUUGAAGGCCUCCUCUGCUGCCUCGCCUCCAAAUCAACCAACACCGUGGUUCCUGUGGAGACCUCCGAACCUGCAGAUGGCUACGAGUUUGUGGAGGUGAAACCGGGCCGGCUCCUGCGUGUUCGACACAUCAUCCCUGACCGUCCGGUGGUGGAGGAACCCUCACAGGGUCGCAUCGUGAGCUGCAAGAGAAAAAUCACAGUCUACCGCAGUGGACAGCUGUUCAUCGAGAACUUGGGUGAGAGGGCGAGCGCAGAGCUGAAAACCUGCCAGAAUGGAGACACAGAGCCCAACAGCACAGUGGAAGUGGAACUGACAGACAGUCGGAACUCCUCGCCGCCCCUCAGCAUACCUGAGGCCCGGUCAGACUUGGUCACAGCUGGAAACAACAUGGCGGCUCCUGAAUCAGGAGCAGCAGCACCUGCUGCAGGACAGAACGAGCCGGCCCAACAGCCCCGCAAACGGAGGAGGAAACCCAAACGAACCGUGGUGAUCGACUGCGAGAGGAGGAUCUCCUCCUGCAGGGGGACACACUCAGACGUGGCUCUGUUCUUCAUCCACGGGGUGGGGGGUUCGCUGGACAUCUGGGGAAGCCAGCUGGACUUUUUCUCCAGACUUGGUUACGAGGUGAUUGCCCCGGACUUGGCAGGGCACGGGGCCAGCUCAGCUCCACAUAUAGCUGCAGCGUAUACGUUCUACGCCCUGGCUGAAGAUAUGAGACUAAUGUUCAAGAGAUACGCAAAGAAGAGAAAUAUUCUCAUAGGACAUUCGUACGGCGUGUCGUUCUGCACGUUCCUGGCCCACGAGUUUCCAGACCAGAUCCACAAGAUGGUGAUGAUCAACGGUGGUGGACCCACAGCUUUGGAGCCCAGCCUCUGCUCCAUCUUCAACCUGCCCACCUGUGUGCUUCACUGCCUCUCCCCGCUGCUGGCCUGGAGCUUCCUCAAGGCUGGCUUCGCUCGGCAGGGCGCCAAGGAGAAGCAGCUGCUGAGGGAGAACAAUGCCUUCAAUGUGUCGUCGUUCGUGUUGCGUGCCAUGAUGAGCGGACAGUACUGGCCCGAGGGGGACGAGGUUUACCACGCUGAGCUCACGGUGCCCGUCCUGCUCGUUCACGGCAUGCACGACAAGUUCGUCCCUGUUGAGGAGGAUCAGCGGAUGGCAGAGAUUCUUCUCAUGGCGUUCCUGAAGGUCUUGGAGGACGGCAGUCACAUGGUCAUGUUGGAGUGUCCCGAGGCCGUCAACACACUCCUGCACGAGUUCUUCCUCUGGGAACCGGCCGUCCUUCCACCACCCAAAAAAGAGCCCAAAACCCGUCCAGAAACAGCCAAAGCUCAGAUCGAAAACAACCGGGUCACAUCUGAGUCUACCAAGGUCCGGCCUGCAUCUGCCAGACAAACGUAA